GGAGAGGAAGUGAAAGGGGAACAGAGACGCUGAGGAUAGCAGGGAGAAGGUAGCUAGCUCGCUGUCAGGCAGCCGCUCAAUUAACGUGCCAAAUUUAUCCAGCUGUUCCCGUUGCUGCCUCGCCACGUUAAGCAGGUUUUUGUUAAUAUCUACAUUAAGGGCACCGGGUUUAGGUAACAAACUGAAACGGCGCAGUGCUAAAUUAACGCUUGCUACCGAGUUUCGUGCCAGCUAGCUAGCUAGCUAACACAACGCCUAGCUAGCCACUAACGCUAGUUAUCCUGAACAAUAACAGCUGGUUAGCUCGCAGACAGGUCUGACGCGGCAAGAGGUCUCCGCUGUGUUACGAGUUUAAAAGCCCGGUUGGCAAAAACAAGGCCCGGACUGUGGCUCCUCUGGGUCGUCUCCAAGAGGAAGGGAAGCCGGGGAGCUGAAGACAUGACUUCCAGGAAGAAAGUGCUGUUGAAAGUCAUCAUCUUGGGAGAUUCUGGUGUUGGGAAAACCUCUCUAAUGAACCAGUAUGUGAACAAGAAGUUUAGUAACCAGUACAAAGCUACAAUAGGAGCGGACUUCUUGACCAAGGAGGUGAUGGUGGAUGACCGGCUUGUUACAAUGCAGAUAUGGGACACAGCUGGCCAAGAGAGGUUUCAGUCAUUGGGUGUUGCAUUUUACCGUGGAGCAGACUGCUGUGUACUAGUGUUUGAUGUGACUGCCCCCAAUACCUUCAAGACACUUGACAGCUGGAGGGAUGAGUUUCUGAUCCAGGCGAGCCCCCGAGAUCCUGAAAACUUCCCCUUUGUGGUUCUAGGCAACAAGAUUGACUUAGAGAAUAGACAGGUAACCACCAAAAGGGCGCAGGCAUGGUGUCAGAGUAAGAACAACAUCCCCUACUUUGAGACCAGUGCAAAAGAAGCCAUUAAUGUAGAGCAGGCAUUCCAGACAAUUGCACGAAACGCCCUCAAACAGGAAACAGAGGUAGAGCUGUACAACGAAUUCCCAGAGCCCAUUAAACUGGAUAGGAACGACAGAGCUAAAGCUUCAGCUGAAAGCUGCAGCUGCUGAAGGACAACUUGUGGACCAUCUUCUCUUGGCUUAAUCCCAGGGAAAUUGCUUCCCUGCUGGUCUUCCUCCUUCACAUCAUUUUUCAUUUCAUCGACACAGCCCCUCACAGUUCGCUGCACAUGGAUGUGUGUGCCCCCCACACCCCCGUUUACUAGUACACAUAUUAAUAUACUAGUGUACUCUUGUAAAAUAAGCUGAGCAAUGCAGUGCCCAAAGAUCACAUAAGAGAAGAAUGACACCCCUUCUGUGACCUUACAGUCUCUGACAUGAUAGUGCGGCUAGUGAAUGAUGAUUUGUCCUGCCUGCCUGUUAGUCUGACUGUGGCACCAAGGGGGCAAGAUGGAGCCAUGUUCAGAGGAGGGAGCUCUUGAUGGACUGGCUGAUGUUCUGUAACAUGAGACACUGUUGGCUAAUGUCAGCAUCCCAAGUAUCUUGUACUCUUUCUGUUUCACUUGCUUUUUGUUGCCUGUCUGUCAUGAAGUAAUCAAGUUAAACUAUAUAGAAAUAUAUAUAUAAUAUAAAUAUAUUUUAAUUGGCUUGUGCUAUGCUCUCAAGGCAUUCUGAAACACUUCUUUUGCACUUUUUUUUUGCCAUGAAAUGUGGGAUGACUGAUUUUGGGCAACGCCUGCUACCACAUGCCUUCUGGUAAUCUUGAAAGUAUAUGUACUCACGAUUUCCCUAUUAAAUAUCGCCUGAGAAUUAGUUCAACACUUUAGUGAUUGUCUUGCCUUUUCCCUUCGAAGUUGUGCGUCAAUACCUCGCACUGCAGAAGAAAUGUUCAUAACUAGACAAUUAAAAACUGAUAACGCAAUCAUUUGUAAGACAUGCAUUAAUAUUUGCCUUUUAUGUAACAUUACAUUAUGUGUACUAUUACUGCUGUGUGUGUUAUGUACGUCAUCAAACAUGUUUCAGCACUAUGGAAUUACCCACCACCACAGCACAACCUGUCUUCUAUCAUGUCUUUGUUAUUGCUCUUCUCCCCAUCUGCUUGUAGCUCAGGUUGGUUCAGUACUUAAUAUUUUUAACAGAUUGUGUAUUAUGGUGUAUAGAUGGUAAAGGUGAAAGGCUGAUGAACAGAAAUGGAUGUGCUUUCCAUUUGAAAAAAGAUCCAACUUUUGCCCUGGUAUUACUCCUUCUCCUUAUAAAAAACUAUUACCACGAUACCAAUGAUGUUAUCGAAGAAAAUUGGGGCGUCAAAUAAAACUCUUGAAUAUA